AUGAGAGAAGCUAGCACCACACCUCUGACCCACCAGCUGGACAAAGCGCUCAUCCCUCAAAAGUGUCCCGUCCCAGUAUUUGAAUGUUACGACGGAUCUAGCGACCUUGCAGCUCAUCUUCGGUACUAUAAUCGCGUCUUAGCCCGAUGGGAACAAAACAAUGCAGUCCUUUGCAGAUACUUUCCUUCAAGUCUAAAGGGGUCGGCACUAUCUUUGUUUGACAACUUACCGCCCAAUUCCAUCGAUUCUUACAGCCAGCUCUGUGAGAGAUUCUUAAGAACGUACAUGUACAACAAGGAUGUCAACGCCGGGAUGGACAAGCUCUUUUCGCUGGCAAUCGCUUACAAAGAGAUCAGGGAAUAUACAGACAUGUGGCACAAGAUUUGUCAAGCUAUAGGGAACGCAGAUCCAGUGGUUAGCAUAAAUUGUUACAAGUGGGGUUUGGAUAGAAUGAGCCCUCUAUUCUUUGAGAUCCAUGGAAGUGUGCCAACAACCGAAGGAGAUCUUCGAAUCAUCAUCGAGAAGCAUGCCCAUUUGGAAGAAAUUCAGCGAGAAAAUCCAAGGGCUCAAAUGCAGAGAUCGCAUCGGACCAACUCAGCCGAACAAGUCAGCGGAUCCAAAAGGGGUAACUCAGCAGAACGUCCACGCGAAGAUAGCAGAGGACGAAGAGAUGAUCGUCGGCGUGACGAACGGAAAUUCGAAGACCAAGUCUUCACAAAAUUGAAUACCAACUACACUCGCGUCCUACGAGAAAUCAAGGAUCUAGAAGGCGACCUCAAGCAGUAUAUACAAAAGGCAGAUAACGAAGAUAAGACCAAACGAAGCAAGCAAGUUCAACUGCCAGAGGGAAAUCGAACACUCAACACCAUCUCAUGUUCCGAAGCUACAAGACCCUCAUCAACAACACAAAUAGGGAAAAGGUUAAGGAAACAAUUCGAAGACUACUGUGAAUUAUACAAGAUCGAUGGGGUGGAAGUGGACGAACACGAUCAAUGGAUGAACGCGCCUAUGACCUUCGAUGUAGGAGACAUCGAUGACGAUAUGGAAGAUCACAACGACCCCUUGGUCCUCACCUUACCAGUGGAAGGAUGCAACAUCAAGAAGAUCCUCAUUGAUGGAGGGAGUUCAGGGUUCAAUGGGGCACCUACCAAGCCAUUAGGAUACAUUGGUUUGCAAGUAGACGCAGGACCAAUGAAAGUUGAUACUCGAUUCAGUGUAGUGGACGCUCCUUCCCCCUAUAACGCCAUCAUUGGACGAAGAUGGAUGCACAAGCUCAAAGGAGUGGCAGCGACCUAUCACCAGUACCUUGGAUUUCCGAUACCCGAAGGGGUAAUGAAAAUAAAGGGAGAUCAGAUCACCGCUCGGGAACGGAAGGCUCUACAAAAUCAAAUCAACAAUGAACAAGAUGAGCAGCGGAAAUCCCGAAGAGCCCGAAACAAAGAGGCUGCGAAAGAGAAAGCAAUUGAUCUUUAUCUCGAAGAAAUUUCUGGAAGGAGUCUGACAAAGGAGAGCAUCGUUCUAAACGCUAAGGAAGUACUUCGACAGUAA